GUCGAUACAUGACUUAUUCUGUAUCCCUUGCCGUCGACGUACGAAUAGUUACUCCCAGGAAUACGACGAGAUACGAUAUCUGGAAGCGAAACCCGACAUUGCUCGCAACCUCGUCGCGCGAGGCUCUCACCCCGCAAGAUUGAGCAAAAGUAGAGCAGAACCGAUCGAGUUAUGAACCUUUCGCCCCUCACAGCACGUUCCAUGUCUUUUCUGCCGCAACCGCAAAUCAGUGAGAUGAGCUCUGCACACCAGACACCUACUAAGACCGGGCGAAGUCUGCCUGCGACCGCGGCCGCGUUGCAUGCCGUAGAAGGAGAAUCAAAAGGAGAGAAUGUGGAAAGGGCAGCCGAACGUAUCGUAUCGUUAAACCAAACUGUCUCCAGACAAGCGCUGCAAGAUGAAGGAGGGAGUCAUCCCUACUGGAUACGUUUGAACGCAUCUCCAGCUAAAGAGGAGGAUUUUCAACAGGAUCGGGGCCAGGCAAAGAUCGAGUUGCAAAAAAUACCGCCCGAAUACCCUCUCUUGGUCGAGCGUUACCGGUCCUGGCAGAAGAUAGGAUUUAGGCAUAGCUACGACCCGGACGGCCAGUACAUGCAGUCAGCGAGUAUGCCUGGUAUACGCUCAGGCGGAUACGGAGCGAAGGAGACGCCCCCUAAAGGACUGGGUCCGGGUUCGAGUGGCCCUCGUUCACACAUAUCCUCGAAGAUCGAAGACAAUUUGAUCACAACCGCUCUAUCGAGAUUCAAUCCCGCUUUCCAGGACCUCGUUAUCGCGCCAGAAGAUAUUGCCUUAUCGGAGGCGAUCUUCAAUACUACAGAAUGGCUGAAGCGAGGGAAAGGUUCUAGUAGGGAAAAGUUCCUGGCUAUGAACGCCCCAAAACGCCAAAGUAGCUUUCAUGAGGAUGAAAUUUCGAAAAGCGCCUGUAACAUGCUAGAGGAGAUCACCGUGGAGCUCAGAUCAAGAAUGGGCGAAACGAUUACGUCCGAUGAGCAACCUCGUUGGAGCGACUGCGGCAAAGUACCUUUGCCCCAUAAAGAGGACACUCCGCAGGACUCCAUUUCAAAAAGGCAGUCGCACAAGCCAGACAUGGUACUCAAGCGGCCAUUCCGCUUGGUCCCAGCGGACGAUGAGAAACGUCAUUGCGAAGUUGUGAACCCGGUCACCUCGGGCAAUACCAAGAAACGCAAACUCCUGGAAGACGAUGAUGAUAAGGCUGUAUCGAUCCCCAACAAGAAGAUCAAGCUAGCCAAAUCGGCCCAACCGCCCAAAUUGUCUAAGCUGACUCAUGCACAAGCCCUGAUGUUGCUGGAGAUGAAAAAGAGGCCAACGUUGGAGAUGAAGGUAUAUGCCAAUAAUGGCAUGGACAAGGUCGUGCCUCGAACGCUACGUUACAGUUACGAGUUGAUACGGAACAACGCCAUAGCUGGUCGUGUCACAACGGCCACCAUCACAGGGACCUACAUUCGCCUAUACUUUACUGAAUCGUUCUCCUUUUCGACUACCCGGCUGUACAACAUCGCUAACGAGGAUCAUCUCUAUGAUAUCGUCAAACUCGUGGCCUUCCUUAUCGGCCCAUCACAGAACGUCUUACAAAGCUGGCAACCGGAUGUCAAGUCAUUCUCUACCCGGAUAUCGGAUACGGCGGUUGAGACCAGCUCAAAGGGAGUACUCGAAGGUGAAAGGACAGAGACGAUGUCAACCAAGACGUCGAAAUCUCCAGGUGCCGAGACCCUCGAGGUGCUGGAUACGAGCGAUACGGGCGACGAAGAAGCGUCACACGUCCUGCAGGAAGGUACACAAAGCUUCUCAGAGCGACGAUGGUUUUGGGUCGGAGGGUUCAACCAAAUCUUUCGGGACGCAGAGCUUUUCGGUCGUCGGACUGCGGUUUGGACAGGUAUGACUUGCGCAGACAAAAGUCCGGGCCAACCGGACUGCGACCCGUUCGAAACUGUCAUCAAGGGCGCCUGGCUCCCACCGGGCCUUCGAUGGCACGAGCACAAAAUGCUUGAUCAUCUCGAUCCGAAGCAGGCGUUCAAGCCGAGCAGCCGAUUUGCUAAGCUCGACGAAGACACCAAGCGAGAAGUUUACGAACAUCUACCGACCUCGAUUGGUCUACUCGACGCCGAUAUGAAAACUAGUCAGAUACCUCCGGAGCUGCAUGGCAGUCAGAACGCCUUUGCUCCGCCGUUGGAGCACCUCGAGCUUGUCGUUCUAGGGAUGCAUGGGCCGAUCGGCGAAAUGGUUGAUCGAGAGCUUCUUACCAUCAUCGAGCUCAGCGAGGUACAUCUCGGGACAUCCACCCAGCACUGGUACAAUGCUACUAGAGAUGUACACUUCCGGGAUACCAGCCCAGGCAACGUCGUCUAUAGGAGAGUUGAGGGGAACAACAACACGAAGACCAGAGGGAAAAUAGUCGGAUUUCUCAUCGAUUAUGGAAACGCAAGGUUCCAGAACGAGAGGCGUAACCCGUGCCUCGCCGGCCCUUGGGAAGGGCUGUGCGCAGAUGACCUACGUUCUGGAACCCCAGACUUCUUAUGUACCGCCGUACUCGAGACGGAUCGAAAUCUGAACCAAUACAACGAGACCGAAUCACUACUACAAGGUCUAUCGGAUAAUCCGGAUGACGAGUUAGAGCGCCUACUCCUGCUGGAUAAACGCGCACAAUGCGAAGUCAAACUUAAACAGAAGCGGCAUCGUUUCAUUGACGACCUCGAGUCUGACCUAUACGUGUUCAUCUACCAAGCUGCACACCCAUCACGGAUGACUCAAGCUGAUUUGCAGACCCUGCAAACUACCCUACGAGAUCCCAGCUUGAAGAUGGUGGCUUGGGAAAAUUUGCUAUUCAAGUUGGUUUGUCCCAUAGACGCACCCAACGGUUUCGCUCGGAUAAUUCAACGUUUAGCUGCAAUCGUUCAAAGCACUCGUACUGCUUUAGAGAAGCAGAUACUGUCACAAGAGGAUCUACCUGCUUGCAUGACCGAGUUGGAGGAUGAAUGUUUCGAGAAGUACCACAAUACGCUCAAGACAUGGAUAGCAGAAGCGAAGCAGCAAGCGCUCUCGGGGGAACGGUCCGAAUACGAGAAAACCGAGAUUUAACCAAUACCAAAACCAACCGCAACGCAAUUAACGAAACCACGCUGGCCCAUCAUGAUUCUACCAGUACGAGAUGCAGUAUAAUGACCAAGACUCCGAUCGACAAUAAAUGACAUCUCGCCCGACACCUCAGACGCUGUUCGAAGGCAGCUCGAAAGGACAUUCCAGAUCAGUCGCCAGCCGCGAGACCGUUGGCUUUCCAACAAGUCCCCGGAUAUUCAUCUUCAGCGUCACGCGGAAGGAGAGAUCUGCAACGCAGGAUAAUUGGGGAAUCGACGAUCAGCCGUGACGAACGAUUGGGGCAGCUACCUGUUUCAACGCCACACCGGCUUACCGGGCCUUUCUGUACCUGUCCACCGAUGUCCACAAGCAUUGUACAUGCCAGACCCUACAUGAGACCGAAAUUUAGCCCAUUUGUCGCUCGAUCGCGCCAUCGGAAAUGACUCACAGGUCGAGUCGGUCGCGUUGAC